AGCUCGAGGGCAUUUUAGUAGAUCGGCAGACAAGAUUUGAAUGAGACUAGAUAUUUUUCAAGUUACCUGUUAAGAAUGAAAGUAAAUAGUAGCAAAAGAUGCGCAUAACUGGCUUUUUGUCUUUGUACAGCAAGAAACAAUCGCACGGACUAUGCUUGGAAGGGUUUUGAACAUUGUCAUUUUGUAGGAUAUUAAAGGAGUGCCCUUAAACAGAAAAAGUUGCGGAGAGGAUGGAGCUAUUUCCGGGAUACGACGAAAAUCUCACCAACUUUAAUGAUAUAAAUCCCAUUAUUGAAAUUGACAACAGAUCACAAAACGUAACACCAAGAAACGUUUUCAAAGGACAACGGCCAUUUAGAAAUGUAACAUCGAGACCGAGGCCGCUAAAUGUCGGGAAUUGUUACAGUUGUCAUAAUGUUUGUGUAUUUAAGGCUAUUGAAAUCGCUUUUGUGAUCGGAAUAAUUGCUAAUAUUUGGGUCAUAAUUUUGGUCUUAAAAGAUAAAAACUUACGAAAGCCAACAUAUGUAUCAAUUGCGUGCCUUGCGUUAUGUGAUGCAAUAUUUCUCACCACAAAUCAAAUAAGUGCGGUUGAAACCGUAGUGCGGUCGUUGAACUGUUCCUUUCCGUUAACUUAUAAAGGACAAGUUGUUUCUACUAUUAAUGGGAUUUGCUGGUUUGCGACCAAUGCACAUGUCAGUGUUAUUGCACUUGUGCGAUACAUGUUACUUCUGCAUCCUUUGAAAUCUCAGCUAUACCUUACAAACAGAAGAGUUAUAUUGUCGUCUGCAUGUGUAUGGGUUCUUGGAAUUGCAAUAUGGAUGACAAUUUAUGGCCUGCAAGAAAGCGAUGUUUUAUCAGCCUCAAAAUCUGUGAUAUUUAUAAAUGUGAUAUGGGGAAUAGUUUACUUUACACCACUUUUGAUCACAAGUUUUCUUCAUUGUAAAAAGUGGCGACAUAUUCGUCAAGCGUCCCGUCAGAAUUUAGCCGGAAAUGGAAAUAUUCGAACAGCUGUAAUGCGCAUGACCAAAGUUAUACUUCUAGUUAUAAUACUGGCGGCAGUGUUACCUUUACCAAGAUUUGUGAUUAAUUGCCUGAAGAGGGAAAAUUUUUCAUUUCCAUCGGAAACGAGUGAAAUGUAUUUACGAAAUAUUGCUUUUCUUUUAUUUCUGCUAAAUCAUGCUAUCAAUCCAUUCUUGUAUGCUUUUGUUUCGACGCCGUUUAAGAAAAGCUUAAAAUCUAUUUUUGUCAAACAAAGAUUGCAUGCCUUCAGUCAGACAAAAGUAGCUAAAGAUUUAACUGACACACGAACAAGGUCCGCUCAUGAACAAAGCAAUACGAGGUUAUAGCCUAAUUAUGAUUGU